CAGUACGCGUGUGCGCACUUAUCGAAACCAGUUUCUCAUUGUUUUUGGGUGACUCAACUUGUUUCUUUGAGCUAACGGCGAAAUAACCGGUGAAUAUUAUGGCCCGAAGUCAAGGCAUCAAUAAAGAGCUCUCAAAUGUGAUGAAUGAGAUGUGGAAGUUAGAUGUCAACCGCAUGAGACCUGGAAUAGAUUAUAUAAUCAACCUGCAGGGGAAGGCUGGCUUUGUUUCUGAGGGCAGUAAUCACGCAAGGGACCGCGCUAGAGCUCCCCUGUUCUCAUAUGUCAACGAAGACAAGCUCAAAAGCAUGGAUACUUAUGCCCACUUUAUAAAACUGUUGGACAAUUAUGAGAUGUCUACAGGAGUGGCUGAGCAGGUGACAAAUGAGGAACUUCAGGAGAACAAUCUUUUCCUGGAAGCCAUUUUGAAGACAGAAGUCAUGAAGUGUGCCCACAGAUACUUAGUAAGCAAAGGUCGAGCUCCGUCGGACCCAGCUCAGUUUAAAAGGCAACUCUAUGACAUGUGGUUUAGGCUCUAUCACAGAGACAGAAAUGGAGGUGAGGAUUCCUGUGGGUUUGAACACGUGUUUGUUGGCGAAACCAAGUAUGGUAAGGAGAUCAUGGGCCUCCAUAAUUGGGUCCAGUUCUAUCUCCAGGAGAAACACAAUCAUGUGGACUACAAAGGAUACAAGGCCAGAGAUAACAAGGAUACGCCUGAUGAGGACGAUCAUGUCUUGAACCUGCAGUUCAGCUGGAACGGUCUGGUCAAGCCUGUGGGCAGUUGUUUCAUUGGCGUCAGCCCGGAGUUUGAGGUGGCUCUCUUUACUAUUGUCUUUCUCCUGUCUGAUGAACGCGUGACUAAUGUUACGGUGAAGGUGGACGAGUAUCUGAUGGUGAUUGUGGUGUACAGACACGGGCGCUCCAUCGGAACAUCAUACCCCAAAAUGAUCAGCAGCAACAAUCGGGAUCUCUAGAUCUUGUGCAGGGGUCAAAUGGUAUGAGACGGUUUGGAAAAAUUGGCUAGUAUGUUUAAUUGUACCAUAUGAACACUAUUAAAAUAGUUUAAUAGGUAUAAAAUAAUGAAGUAUAAAUCUUAAUUUUUAGUGUAUAGUCCAAAAAACAAUUAUCAAUGUCACAUUACAAAUUAUUCAUUUCAAAAGCUGAAAUAAUUUGUAUUGAAUUUUGAAAUUUGAGUAUCUUUAUCAAUUUAUUUUUGUUAUUGUAUGUUGUGAAAUCAAAAUAAUCCAAAAUAAUAUCUUUAGAAGGUUAGUUGCAAAAAACUUUUCUGAUUACAUUGACAUGACAUUUCUUGUUUGCAUACGGCCCUUGGCUGAGACUCAAAGAUUUAGGUUUAGUUUAUGGGCUACAUAAACAGUUGCUAUAGGUAUUUUUUAUGAGAUGAGCUAAUUCAUUUCAAAGAAUAUAGAGAUUUUCUUUUCUGCAUUUUGAAUCUGUAUGUUUAUCUAAAUUUUUUUAUCUAAAUUCUUGUUGACUGAUUGCAUAAUCAUAGACCAACUGUAACUGCUGCCAUGUUUUAGAAAUCAUGUACAAUUAUCUAUGCAUUUGUUUAAGUGCUGUAGAUCACUAAUCAGAAAACAAAAUAUUUCUUAUGUUCGUUUUUACGGGGCUGAUAGAUGAAGAAAAUAAUAACAAGGCAGCUAAGUACUUCCGUUAGUCAUUCCAUUAUUGCAUUUUUACAAUAUAAUUUCCUUAAAUAGUGGAAACGGCAAGAAAAGAGGUCAUUUUAUGUAGCACAAAGCUUUACUGGCACUGUUUUAUGACUGAAACAAUGUUUGUAAAAUGGCAGCAACCAAUGUGCCUUGUUUUUUUUAGAAUAAAGACCUUUAGCACAUUUAUAAAA